AUGCGAGUAUUUGCUCUGGAAUUCCCCUCCCGUCUCCCGCUGAGCAUCUCCCUGGGCUUUCAUGCUGCCAUGGGCCCGUAUGUUCCUCCAGGACAGUCGCCACCAUUCCAGGUGGUGGAUGACCUGCAUCAUGGUGCGUGGAUAAUCAUAACCGCCGCCUUGGGGCUGGUCGUUUCGUUAGUCUGUCUUCUCAUCCGGGUGUAUGUGCGACUGGCCCUCAGUCCUCCCUUUGCGUAUGAUGAUUAUGUUCUUCUUGGGGCAACGGUUGUUGCUAUCGCCCAGUCCGCAUUGAUUUUUGAGGCUGCCUCUCAAGGGUUCGGAACCUCGAUCAACCUGCUGGCACGAGAGCAAAUCAAUAGAAUCCAAACGUUGAUCACAAUAAGCGACAUCCUCUACCUAAUCACCAUCUACGUCUCCAAAUGCUGCGUCGUGGGCAUCUACCUCCGGCUGACGCCCCAAAAAACCCACAACCGGAUCUCCUGGGCAACUCUCAUCCUAUGCACAUUAUGGAUCAUCCCAAGCGCACUCAUCCUCGCCGUCAACUGUGAAAUGAAUCGUCCCUGGAAGACAUCGGGAGGCCAAUGCCGCAACCUCCUCGGACGAUGGGAGUUCAUAACCGCAAUGGACAUCCUCACCGAACUCAUCCUCUUCGCCCUGGCAGUCACCCUCCUCCAGGGCCUCUUCAUGCCCCUCAAACGCAAACUCCAAAUCGGCUCUGCCUUUCUCUUCCGACUACCCCUCAUCAUCUGCACCAUCUUCCACAUCUACACCCUGAAAGGCCACUACCACUCUCCAGACCCGACCCUCUCGGUCGUCACAUCCAAGAUCUGGUCACAGGUGGAGCUCAACUACGCUCUGACCGCAUGCAGCGUGUUCUGCCUGCGGCCCUUCAUGGCGGCCGUGAGCACAAACUACGGCACGGCGGGUGACUCGAACCUGAAAAGUAGCUAUGCAUCUGCCUCGGCGACGCCGAAGGACAACAGCUCCGGGUCCAAGUCCCGGAGCGCGGCGUCUGCGCCGCGGUCUAGGGUCGGGCUUUUGGCGGCUGAGGAGAGGAGGACGUGGAGAUCGCUCCUGUGGGAGCGUCGGACGGGGAAGAGUGGGCAUGCGGGGGACUGUGAGAAGGGGUAUUUGGCUGCUGGGGGGAUCGGUGCCGAGGGAGCUACGGCUGCGGCUGUAUCGCAGCCUAUCGAGUUGGCGGAGCGCAAGGGGUUGGCCAGUGCCGGGAGUGAUGGCAGCACGAAGAUGAUCAUUCGGAAGGAUGUGCAGUACUCGGUUGAGUAUAACCGGAAAAGGUCAGACGCGGGUGUUAAUCCUGAUGCACAGUACUGGGAUACUUAUGUAACGAGUGAGUCAUAG